AUGAGGCGAGUCUUAUGGUUACCCAUCUUCCUCUCCGGAGUGUUCAUCGUGGACGGGUCCGUUGUGACACCUAAAGUGGUCAUCGUCGACUUCUAUGGAGACGAGGCCAACAUCUGGCACGACAUACCAGAAUUCGAUCUGUUGGCUCAGAACAUCAGCGUCCCAGGCCUCUCGAGCAAGUUCCCAGACGUUCACUGUACCCUUGAUGGCGAGAUCUGCCAGUUCGUAACCGACGAAGGGGAGAUCAACGCUGCCGCUACGGCAACCGCUUUCGUUCUAUCCCCGCUUUUCGACCUGCGACAAUCGUACUUCCUCCUGGGUGGUGUUGCUGGCAUCAGCCCCAAGUAUGAGUUCGAUGCUCGCGAGAGACCAGAGGGCGCACCUACCGGUUAUGUCCCACAGGGAACGACCGGUGUGGGUCAAUAUCCCAAAUACAUCUACGGGACGGAAGUAUACGAGCUGAACGACGCUCUGCGACAACACGCUCUCAACUUUGCGCGCAACGCAACACUCAAUGAUACAUCAGACGCGCAAACAUACCGAGCACUGUACGAAGGCGGGGAUACGGACUACUCGGCGGCGACGGCUCCACCCUCCGUCGUAGCGUGCGAUACGGCAACAUCGGAUGUAUGGUAUUCAGGGAACCUGCUAGCCGAAGCCUUCGAGAGUACUAUGAACCUAUUCACCAACGGAUCCGCGGUGUUCUGUACGACGCAACAGGAGGACACAGGCGUGCUCGCCGCACUUGUGCGCGGAAACGUCGCCGGGCUCGUCGACUUCACGCGCGUCAUCGCCAUGCGUACGGCGUCGGACUUCGACAGACCCGCGUCGGGGAUGCAGGCAGCAGAUAACCUCUUCAACGGGCAGAACGCCGGAUAUGGUGUCUCCAUCAACAACAUCUAUCUUGCCGGCGUGCAAGUCGUCCAGGGCAUCCUGUCUGGUUGGGAAGCUACUUUCGCUGCAGGCGUGAAGCCGAAGGACUAUGUAGGCGAUAUUCGAGGGUCACUGGGAGGGACACCAGACUUCGGCCCUGGCGUCUAG